UAUAAUGUUUAUAGAAUAUGUAAAUACGAUUUUCUAUUUAAUUGUAAGUGAUUAAAAAUUAAUUAAAAUACGUUAAGCAAGAAACGAUUUGCAUGACGUAGUCAAUCGUCCCGGCUACUUAAACUUUCUUAAGGAAAGUUGAAGAUAGUCUUCACAGUCGAAAUAAAAACAUCAAUCAGUAUUUCCGUAUCCAUAUCUUUCUUAAUUCGUUCCCUACUUUCAGGUUUAUCAUGAAGCAUAAAAUGUCUCUUAAUCUGUUUCUCCUUAUGAUUUUCCAACUGUGCCUCGGUAUAGAAAUUCCAGGCGAUCUGUACUCGAUAUCUGCUCUAAAUUCGUCUAAUGUUUCGAUAAUCAAGCCACCAGAACUAUGGAGCGAGAUUCUAGAAAAUUGGACUAUUUCUGAUUCGAAAUUAACAAGGAUGUCAAAGGUGAUGAAACUAGGAGAUAAGAGCCUAACUAUAACAAGUAAAAUAUCGACGCCAAACAAACGAGAAGUCUCUGAAACCGACCUCUAUCUACUUGGUGCGAUAGAGAAGCUCGUCUAUAGAGUGGACUUUCUAGAAAGUCGUCUCAGAAGAGCGGAAGAACUCCUGUAUUAUGUGAUUUCCGGAAACAUCAAUAAAAAAGAGCCCUGCCCUACUAAUUAUACCAAAAUUGGUCAAAAUUGCUAUCACUUUAGUAAUCGUGAUUUUGACUGGAAGUCAUCAGCCAGUCUUUGCCGAGGAAUGGGCGGCUAUCUGUUGGAAUUCGACACGGAAGACGAAAAGCGCGAUGUGUUAGCUGGCUUGCAAACAAAUUCUAAAUUAAAAGGCAAAACCUUUUGGACAGGGGGAUUGAAUCCAGGUCUUCUUUGGAUUUGGGCUAGUAGUGCAAAACCAGUUUACCAAAAUACUAAACAAACUGUCCCUGGUGAUGGCAGGUGUUUAAAAUUAUCUUACAAUACAACGUCUAGAUUAUACUCUUAUCAAAGUGAUGAUUGCGGCGCUAGACACAGAUACGCUUGUAAAUUAUCAAAAGACGAUGAAUCAGCAAACAAAAUUGAGAGGACCGCAAGAAUGUUAAUGAACGAAUAGUAUUAAAUAUAGACUGAUAUGUAGUAACGUGUAACUAAUUUUAUUUAUUGUAUGUACAUCUAUUUAAUUCUAAAGGCUUAAGAUAUAUGUACAUAUUUAAUAUAGUUAAAAAAUACUUACUAU